AUGAUUAAAAAGGUUUUGAUAAUAACUCUCUUAGGAAUUUGUCUUUUUUACAUCGGAAGUUUUGCUAGUGACCACAGAAGACAAAUCGUAAACUUCAUUAAUGAAGUCACUCCUCCGAAAUAUUCCUCUAAUAAUCCGAAAAUUAGCACUGUUUCAUAUCCCUAUCAUGGUCCGAUAAUUUCAGAUAAAGACACUGAAGAGUUCAACUCUUCUAGCUAUUUCACAGAUGAUAGACCUCCUCCAAUAUUUAAAAUUGAUGACACAGAAUCAUUAAGAAGCUUAAAUCUUGCCUGCCAGCCAGAAAUUUAUGGCUACUCCAUCGACCAAGGAGACGUAAUUUUUCCACGUCAUGGAUACCCAAAAUGUCCUGCUGUAACAAAUUUGAACCAGAGCUAUAUUUUUGUAGACACUGAGGACGAUAAGUUAUAUAUGAACUGUCCAGGACCCUAUAAAGGCAGAUUUUUAUUUGGACCCACAAAUGAUAAAAAAUUGGUUUUGAGAAAUGAAAUUGAAGACUUUUGGCAGGUUUGAGACUAUGAUGAACCAGAGCCUUUAGAUGAGGAAGUAGAAUUUGCUUUGGGAUCGUGCGAUAGCAGUAAAUCAGCUUAUCUUAUACAAGCGAGUAUGAACCCACAGUUUAAUAAAACAGCAUAUGAAUAUGCUAAAGAGAGGACUGAAGGAAAACCAAAAAUUAUUUUUAUGCUGACGCUGGAUUCAAUGUCCCGUAGACAUUUUUUCAGAAAAAUGCCAAAAACUAUUGAUUUUUUGAAUUCUUUAAACCAAAAUGAAUCAGAUUAUUGGGCUUUUGAUUUUAAAUUGCACAAUAUCCUGGGCCCAAAUUCUGUGGGUAAUCAGGUACCUAUUUUUGGAGGAAAAGAUAGGUUUGUUAAGACUUUUAAAGGAGAUCAAAAUAUUGAUUACUUAGGGGAAAAAGCCCUUUGGAAUAUUUUGAGAGAAAAAGGAUACAUAAGUCUCUUUGGUCUUGAAAACUGUGAUAAUUAUUUUCCAAAGUCCCUGGGCAGAAAACCAAACGUUGACUACGCAAUAAACCAAUUUUUUUGUGCAGUCUAUAAAUACACAGACUAUAAAUUCGACAAAGAAGCCGUUCUAAAACAAAGAUGCCUCGGAGCCUACAUGACUCAUUAUUACCCUCUUAAUUAUACCUAUAACCUUGCCCAAAUGAAUCAAGGUGUCAAUAUGUGACUUUAUCUUCAUCUAAAUGGUGCCCAUGAAGCUACAGGCUUGCAUGCAGAAACAAUGGAUGACGACGUGAUGGAUUUUGUCAAAAAAUUCCUUACUGAUUUUGGAAAAGACAAUGAUAUCAUUAUGUUUUUGCACGCAGAUCACGGAAUGAGAUAUGGAAACUGAUAUAAAGACCUUCCAGCAUAUCAAGAAAACAAACUCCCUGGGCUGUUUGCAAUAGCUGGAAGGCAGUUUAUAGAACAAAAUGAUAAAACUUAUUCCGUACUUACAUUAAAUACCCAAAGAUUGACCUCAAAAAUGGACCUAAGAAAGAGCAUUCUAUAUCUGGCUGGAAUUAAGGAAAAUACAAAAUAUGGCGUCAAUUUAUUUGAAGAAGUCGCUCAUAAAGGCAGAACUUGUGAAAAGGCAGGAAUUGAGCCAUGGGAUUGUUCAUGUAGAGAAAUGAAACUUAUAGAAGAACCAGAUCAAGAAUUAGAAGAUUUUAUACUCAGGCUUGCGGAUCAAGUCCAAGCUACAAUAAACACAGAAAGUUAUGCUUCAAAAAAGCAUGAUAAAAACAUAAUUUGUGAAAAAAUCGAGAUUAAGGGUGUUGAAAAUACCUAUAAUUUCCAAAUUUCUAAUGUGGAAGAGUUUUUCAAGCUGGAAAUGACCGUUAAGCACUACCCAAAAGUAAAAUUCCAAGCAAAUAUAUUGGUGAGUUCUCAGUACUCGGACAGAUUUAAAUAUAAUGAUGUGAAAUAUAUGGUAGAACAUGACACGUUUAGAAAGGCACCAAUAAUGAUUAGAGUAAAAAAUAUUUAGAUUUUGAAUAUAUCAAGGCUUGAUAAGUAUGCAGGUCCUUGCGAACUUAAAGCUAUCCAGGCGGGGCUUAGGGGCGAUACGUGCAUAUGUAAAGAGGGGUAUAAAAAAGAAAAAUAA